GGCGGUUAUAAAUAUCACGCUGUGACGUAUAAUGUUGGACUUUUAUAGUGAUUGGAAGGUAAAAGGAUCUAAUCGCUGUCAUUUUACCAGUUCUGUUCAUAGUACCAGUUUAAUGAGGAUACUAACCAACCACAUACUAACUCGUAGUUUUCAAGAUGUCUGUCGUAUGCUCCAGUUAUGGUUUGGGUCCAGACCAAGUGAGGUUUACAACGAGAACGCGGCAGAAGGAGGACUCUGAUGACGAGGAUAAACAUGACUAUGAAGAUUGUGAGAAGCUCGAUAAAAAAAGUGUGCAGCUGCCCCUGAAGACUCCUGUGAAGGCCCAACCAAAGGGAGGACAACACCAAUGUGAGACGGUAGUUGUCGUCAGUCAACCAAUGCCACCCACGUGUACACAGCCGCGGGCGUGGUCCACGGGACUCUGUGGAUGUUGUGAAGACAUCAGCUCUUGUUGUCUGGGAUGCUGGUGUCCCUGCGGCUUGGCGUGCCGGGUGGCGAUGGACAUGGGGGAGUCGUGCUGCGCGCCGUGUUGUGCGGGCAUUCUUCCACUGAGGACAAAACUCAGGGUGCAACACAACAUUCGAGGCUCUAUACUGCUCGAUUGCUGCGUGGUGUGCUGGUGUCCAUGCUGCGCACUGUGUCAGAUGGCGCGCGAACAGACGCACAUCAAGAACAACACGAUUGCUUGACGACUCUCCCAGUUUCAGGGCCGUACCUAGCCGACAAUAACGGGAGGAGGAGGGGGUUAGGGGGUACAGUAAACAAAAAGACAUUAGAAAAUAUACAAGCCACAGUAAUAUACGAGUUUGUCUUAACAAGACAAAACGCACACUGUUUGGUAUAGUUCUGGGGUAGAAACUGCCUUCUUUAACCCCUCCCCUCUCCACCAUCCCGUUUGGUACGGGUUUUAGUUUUUAGAGCAAGUGUAGAUGUGUGCAGUGAAACUAUUUUGGGGGUAAACGGUAAACACAUCGAACCUG